GAGUGGGAGUGUGUAACUGAUACAUUUUGGAGAGAAAGAAAGGGAUCUGGUCUGUCAUUAGAUUCUUCUUUUUGAGACUUUGUUCUAAAAAAGAAUAGAAGCAAAAAAAAGAAAAUAGAUAAAAGAAAAAAAAAGGAGAGGAGGAUGGAUGUGGUGACCUUCGGUAUCAUAAUCGGAAUAAUAGUGCUUUUCUUUAUAGUCGUUUGCGUAAUCAGCAUCGAGGGAGUCUGCAAGAGCCGUUCUUAAGUAGUUAGGUAGUCUAGUCUGCUCAGUCUCACACCCAAACACAUCCUUAACAGCUUUGCCCGGAAAUGGCGCUGUGUAAGAGACAGAUGGUGUUGGCUGUUGUUGGUUUGGUUUUUGUGUUGUGUUUGGAUCUGAGUUUGGUGUGUGCAUCUGGGGAGGCUCAUGUUCAUAGUCACAAAUGUAGUCAUGGGCAUGAUCAUGAUCAUGGGCAUCAGGGGCAGAGCUUGGUGGGGUCGAAGCUUCUGCCGGAGGAAUUGGCCGAGGAGGAGGAUAUGAGGUUGCAUGGAUUUGGGUUUCAGCAUGACCACGAUCACAGUCAUGGUCAUGAGCAUUUUGGUGCUUUGCAGCUCUCGGUUACUGGUCUUUGGAUUCAUUCAUUGGGAUGCUCGCUUUUGGUCAGCAUGGCUUCCCUCAUUUGCCUGAUUAUCUUGCCAGUAAUAUUUGUACAGGGGAAACCGUCCAAGGCAGUUGUUGAUUCGUUGGCUUUAUUUGGGGCUGGCGCUAUGUUAGGGGAUGCUUUCCUUCAUCAAUUACCACAUGCUUUUGGUGGAGGGCACUCCCACUCACAUGACGACCAUGUAGGCCAUGAUCAUCAUGAUCAUAGUGAACAUGAGCAUUCACAUGCGCACUCUUUAGAAGAUCUUUCUGUAGGAAUUGCAGUCCUGGCGGGAAUUGUAUUGUUUCUUCUGGUAGAAAAGAUAGUAAGGUAUGUUGAGGAACACUCUGGAGGAACCAAUGCUUGGGGUCAUGGUCAUCAUCACCAUCAUCACAGCAAGAAAUUGAAGGAUGACAAUGAUUCUCAUGAUGACUUGCUGUCAGAAUCUUCCACUGGAAAAGAUGGGAGGAAGCCAAAUGUAUCAUCUGAAGGAAAAGAGGAAAAUUCUCGUAGUGAUUCUCAAUUGCGUAAGAGAAACACUACCACAGGUGAUAGGGAUAAUAAACAAGAUGUGGAUGCUGCAGAUGACUUGAGUCAUGAUGCUAAAUCUUUAGAUGGAGAACCUGCACGAAAACCAAACAAUCUUGUGUUUGGUUAUCUCAAUCUCUUCUCUGACGGUGUUCACAAUUUCACGGAUGGUAUGGCUUUAGGAAGUGCUUUCCUGCUUCAUGGUACUGUUGGUGGGUGGUCUAGAACUCUAUUCUUGCUUGCACAUGAGAUUCCUCAGGAGGUUGGUGAUUUUGGUAUUCUGGUGAGGUCUGGUUUCAGUGUAUCUAAAGCACUCUUUUUCAAUUUCCUCUCAGCACUUGUGGCCCUAGUUGGAACCGCAAUGGCUUUGCUUAUCGGACAAGAUCCAGGACAGUCAUCUUUGAUGGAGGGCUUUACAGCCGGUGGAUUUAUAUACAUUGCUGUUGCUGGAGUGCUUGCAGAAAUGAAUAACAAUGGCAACUCAUCAUUGAAAAGCACGGCGAUGCAGUUAACUUCGUUGAUACUAGGCAUGUCAAUUGCUCUAUGUAUUUCACUUUAUGAAUGAAAGUGCAUUUAGAAAUUGGGACUCGAAUAUUGAAUGUGUACUACUCAUAGGGGAUGAAAUCAAAAUACAAUUCUUCUUCUCCACCUGAAUUGUGUGGGGAAUGUGGAAAUGAGACGAGAGAAGAUAGAUAAUAGAGAAUGAUUAAACCUCGUCACUAUACACAUCCUGUGGAACAUGGUUCUUGUUUUUACGCUGUUCAGACUUCUGAUAAAUCGACAUGCUUUAGUUA